UAAUUAUUAAAAUAUUAAAUAUUUCUAUAUAGUAAAAAAAAAAUUUCAAAAAUUUUGGGGGGGCCAUGGCCCCCCACCCUAACAUGUAGCUCCACCCCUGCCGCUACCAGUCACCAUCGCGCCACCAACCACCGUCAUCUCUAACUCUGCCAACGUCAAGUGAGAUGGCUUUGAGAGGUGCAUGGCAACUUCAAAAGCUGGUUCUGAGCUUUUCUGAUUUAGGAGGAAGUAGUAGGGGCAUCAGGGCAUUUAUGGAGUCACAUCUGCCAGCAUUUGGAGAGAAAAAUCCUCAGCUAGAUGUUGUUUCUCAGCUAAUUCGCAGUCAGCAUCCACAUUUGAAAGGACUUUACCGGAACAAAAAUGAAAAGGUGAUAUGCGUGAAGAAUAUGGAUCCAGAAGACGUACUUCUACAUGCAACCAGGCUAAGAAAUUCUUUGGGAAGAAAGGUUGUGAAACUGAAGACAAGACAUGUUGCCAAACACCCUAGCGUUCAGGGUACAUGGACAACAGACUUGAAAUUUUGAGCGCACUGUUGAAUUGGGGUUUGUUCAAAUUGAUUCUUCAUAAAGGAUUCAGAAAGCCUAAAAAAUUUUUUUAACCUUCACCAUGGCAGAUUGAAUAGUGUUUACUAUUUCUUUAAUAUUGUUUACAUUUCUCUCUCAUUUUAAUCCCUAUUGAUCAUCUUUACCAUGACUUUUGUUUUCCAAAAGAAUACUCAAGCUUACAGGCA